AAGUGUGCACGGUAAGCCCGUGAGGGCGCCCGCUCAGUAUCUUCACUCUGGGCAGUCGAAAUGACACCAAACCGGAGAAAAGCCAAAAUGAAAUCCAAUUUGAAGUCCGUUACUAAGCCCUUCCUUCGACGGGAAGAACAAGGACAAUAGACACAGAGUAGCUCUGAUUUCCUACUCCGGCGCUGCUUAUAGGUUAAGGGGAGGAAGGUAAGGUGCGCGCAGGUCCUCCGGAAGUCCUCCCAUCGCCGUUGAUGGGCCAGUCAGCUUCCACUGCCGGCAUUUCAUCAGGCCUCAGCCGCCGCGACAACUGUCACAGCCACCGCUCCAAGGCUAAAACCGCGGCCCUGAUCUCCCCAAUGCUCGCAGAAGAAAGGGACGAGUUCCAGGGGAUUAUCGAUGGGGUCUCCGACCACAUCUCCGACUUGCCGGACGAGUGUCUGGCUUGCGUUUUCCAGUCUCUUGGCCCCGGCGACAGGAAAAGUUGUUCCCUCGUCUGCCGGCGGUGGCUGGAGGUCGAGGGACAGAGCCGUCACCGGCUGUCGCUCAACGCCCAGUCGGAUCUGCUCUCUAUGAUUCCUUCCCUCUUUUCUCGGUUCGACGCCGUGACCAAACUUGCUCUUAAAUGUGACCGUAGAUCUGUUAGCAUCGGCGACGAUGCGCUUGUUCUCAUCUCGCUCCGAUGCCGGAACCUCACGCGACUCAAGCUUCGUGCUUGCCGUGAGCUCACGGACGCUGGUAUGGCGGCGUUUGCUAAGAAUUGCAGGGGUUUGAAGAAGCUCUCGUGCGGAUCCUGCACUUUUGGAGCUAAAGGUAUGAAUGGUAUUCUGGAUAAUUGCUCGGCUCUGGAGGAGUUGUCGGUGAAGCGACUCCGCGGCAUAACCGAUGGAGCUGCGAGCGAGCCGAUUGGGCCUGGCGUGGUUACUUCGUCUCUGAAGACGAUUUGCUUGAAGGAGCUUUACAAUGGACAGUGCUUCGGGCCGCUUAUUAUUGGCGCGAAAAAUAUGAGAACGCUCAAGCUCUUUAGGUGCAAUGGCGAUUGGGAUAAGCUGCUUCAAGUGAUUGCUGAUCGAGUUACUAGUUUGGUAGAGAUUCAUCUAGAGAGGGUCCAGGUUAGCGAUUUUGGUCUCGCCGCGAUUUCUAACUCUUUGGAUCUUGAGAUCUUGCACCUUGUCAAGACCCCAGAGUGCACAAAUUCGGGUCUCGUGUCCGUUGCGGAACGCUGCAAGCUUCUAAGGAAGCUUCACAUUGAUGGAUGGAAGGCAAAUCGGAUAGGCGACGAAGGUCUGAUUGCUGUUGCAAAGUGCUGCCCCAAUCUUCAAGAGCUUGUUCUCAUUGGUGUCAAUCCUACGCAGUUGAGUUUGGAGAUGUUGGCAUCGAACUGCCAGAAUCUAGAGCGGCUGGCGUUGUGUGGGAGUGAGACAGUGGGGGAUGCGGAGAUUUCAUGUAUUGCUGCCAAAUGCAUUGCGUUGAAGAAGCUCUGCAUUAAGAGCUGCCCUGUAUCGGAUCAGGGCAUGGAAGCACUCGCCGGAGGUUGCCCUAAUUUGGUGAAAGUGAAGGUAAAGAAAUGCAGGGCAGUGACUAGUGAGAGUGUGGAUUGGUUGCGAGCUAGUAGGGAAUCACUGGCUGUUAAUUUAGAUUCUGGUGAAGCUGAGCAUCAGGAUGUGAGUGCCAGUGAGGGUGGAGCUCAUGAAAAUGUUGAAGUGCCUCAGCUGGCCAGCCAAAUUGCAACUGCUAAUAUUGCUUCGAGUAGUACUGGUCGAUCAGCGUCAUUCAAGGCCAGAUUAGGCCUUUUGAGCGGGAGGAGUUUAGUGGCCUGCACCCUGAGAAAGUGGUCGAACAAUAAUAGCAGCUCCCGAACUAAUUAGAGGAGAAACUAAAUGAUAAAAUUGGGGAAAAAAACAAAAAAUCAUCCCAUGUCUGUUACAUUAUUUUGUGUUUGUAUUUUGUGUUUCUGCUUUGUGUGUAUUUAAUGCCUUGUGUGUGUUUGUUGCCCUCUAGAUUGAAUCCUCUCACCAGUUGGAAGUGGUGAUUGCAAGAAUUUUAUUGUUUCUUGAUUGCCAGUUCCUUCUGUUCACCUGAAUUUUAAUUUAUUUAGUUGAUAAUUCACUUGGUUGGUAUUCUUCAUAAGAAA